CGUCAUAAAACAAAUUGAACAAAAAUGUACUAAAAUUAUAAGACAAAUUAAGUUGAAUAUUAUGAAUAUUACGUUACAUUAAAACUGAUGUAGCAUUUAAACUGUUAUAAUUUAAUUCUAAUAAAUCAGUAAGACUUCGUAUAAUUAUAAUUAAAAAAACCGGGAUUAGGAAAACAUAACCACAUUUACUGUUUACUAAAUAAAAAACAUUUUUUCUGUAGUUUCUGCUUUCCACAAGUCCACAAAAUAACUUAUUUCUUAAUAAACAAAAUAUUAUACGUAUACGGUAUUAUGGAUGGAUCUCUUAUGUAAUACAGACCGUAUGCAAAUGGACUGUAUAUUACAAUAGCCAAUAAAUCAAUUAUAUCUUGAAGUAGGUGCUUAUCAGCUCAUAUUUUAUUCACAUUUUACUUUACCAGUAUUAAAAGAUGACAUCAACAACUGUAACUAAACGGCACAGAGAAAAAAACAGUGCAAAAGCUACCUCACAAGAAAAUUGGAAAGGAAAAGCCAAAGAUGAAAUUACAGAUAAGAAAGACAAAGAAAGCCAGCCAAAAGAUUUUAAAUAUGGACCUUUACCUAGAUUCCCUUCACAAAGGGUGUGGAGCAGAGGUGUGAUGAUUAUAGGUGUUCUUGUUUAUCUUUGGUAUUUCUCAAAAAGUACCAAUGAAACAGUUCUAGCAAAACAAAAUACUGUCUACAAUAGACGAUCCCAAGUCGUGGAGUGUGGCCCUGAAUUUGUAGAAGAUAUAAAACAGUAUAAAUCCUGUAUUCCAGAAAAGUGUGGAAGGUUUGUGAGUGACAAAAUCGUUACUGACCAGGAGGCAGACAUUUUAUUGAGAUUAGCUGUUAGAAUAAUGGCACAAGGUGGAUCUUCAGGUGGAGCAUCCAUAAUUGAUUUACACACAGGAGCCCUAUCCUACAAAGAUAGGUUUAUAAAUAUCUAUGAACAGAGUGGCAGCAAAAAUAUUUUGACAGAAUCUGAAAGGACAAUUUACCAUUUAGUAAGAAGCAAAAUUCAAGAAGCCAUUGCUCAGAAUUUUGGUAUUCAAGCCGAUAGUUUAUAUUUAACCUAUCCGACAUUUUUCUCUAGACUUACCAAUGUUGACCCAAAAACUAGACAUGACGAGUACUGGCAUGAACAUAUUGACAAGCGGACUUACGAAUCAUUCCAUUAUACAUCACUACUCUACUUAAACGAUUAUGGAAAAGACUUCAAAGGAGGCAGAUUUAUUUUCCAGGAUAACAUUGCAAAACCUACCAAAAACGUAACGGUUGAACCGCGUAAGGGUAGGGUGUCUAUGUUUACUUCGGGUUCAGAAAACCCUCACUUUGUCGAGAGAGUAGAAGAAGGUAUGCGAUUUGCAAUCACUGUUUCGUUUACCUGCGAUAAGACAAAGGCUAUUUCUGAUCCAGGCGUUUAACGGAAGAAGAUUCAGUAUGUAACAUAAAACUUCACAACAAAACACAAAUUGUACAAAUUAUAUAUAGGUAUAUGAUAACAUAAUCUAACUAGUCUCUCUCUCUCUCUCUUUCUCUCUUUCAAUUUGUACACACAUUGUACAAAUUAUAUAUAGGUAAAUGAUAAUAUAAUCUAACUACUAUAUCCCCCCCUCUCUCUCUCUCUACCUCUUUUUCUCUCCCCCGCCUCUCUCUCUCUCCUUCUCUCUCUCCUCUCCUUCCUCUCACUCCUAUGGCGCUACAGCCUAAGUCAGGCUCUGGCCUCCCUCAGCAUCCGCCUCUCACCAUCCCUCUCCUUGGCUGUUCUCUUCCAGUUAUCCACACUCAAUAUCUCUUUAGCAUCGGAUAUCAUUUCAUCAUAAUAACCAUAACCACAGUUUCACUGAGCGUUCUACUGGGUGUUCUGUUAUUUUUCAUUCUUAUUAGAUGGCCUAGAUCAGACUAGAUUAGUUCAAUAUUUGUAUUUUUGACCUUAUUCUCUCUCUACCAUUGUCGCAUUUUUCAAUAUCUUUCUGUCAAAAGUAAUAAUACGGUUUUUAUAUUUUCUGUCAUGAUCCAUGUUUCUGUGCCAUAUGUUGCUAUUGGUCGUAUGAUGCUUUUACAUAUUUUAAACUUUACUUCUCCGUGGGUGUUUUUGGAUCACAAACACCUGCGACAGAGCUGUAAUCUAAUUACAAAUCAAUAUAAUACUGCUGGUGAUCUAACUUCGUUAAUAUACCUUCAGUCCCCACCAGUACUAGGGCCGGAUCCAAGAAGUACGGUAUGAAUAGGUGUAAUUAAUUAGCCAGCAUUGUGAGUCAGGGGACUGCCGCCCCUCCUCCCGAACCCUCCACUUUCUGCCAAUAUAAUUCAUAAUUUUCUUGAAUAUAGUUAUAGUCCUUCAGUUCUUCUAAUAUACGUCAUUUUUAUGUUUGCGAGAUUAAAAUUGUUUCGAGACAUAUCGACUCCUUUGUAAAGUGUAUUAAUAGAUUGACAUGGCCUGUCAUGUAUCACCCAUUUUCUUAUGUUAGUUCGUGUAGAAGAUAUCGACUUCAGAGUACAUACAAUUUUUUAAUAAUUUGCUAUAUUCGUUUCUCUUUUUUUCCAAAAAAUUAUGGUUGCAUUAAUUAUCUUGACUAGCAGCAACAUUUAUUGAUUUAGGCCCGGUCUUUUCACCUCCGAAUAAAAAUUAUUCGGAGGUUUAUUUGACAGAUUUACAUAUAAUCUGCCGGAUAAUCUUCCUAAUAAAUAGUUAUUCGGGCCUUAAAGUAAAUGAUAAAUACCUACAUGAUUCAUUUAAAUAAUUAAUUCACUUUUAAAGUAUAUAAGCUCAUCUAAUAUUGUAUUUAAAGCACUGAAUAGUAUUAUACUGAUAGUAAUGAUAGUAAUAUUGGCUUGGCACAUGCUGCUGAGCCGCCAUUUCCCGAUUUGAGGGUAUCUGUAUAAAUGAAUCAACUCUUGUACAGAUCUGGGCCUCGAUUUUUGACCCUUCGCUUCGUUAUCGAACGUAUGCGCUACGUAUACUAAACAGAUACGAAGCGAAUACGUUCGAUAACGAAGCGAAAGGUCAAAAAUCGAGGCCCUGCUGGAUCUUGGCACAUUAUCAUCAUUUCCAUUACGGAAAUUAAAUCAAAACUGUAUAAACAUUUUAAAUUUCUUUGCAACAUGAAAAUGCAGCAGCUGCAUAAUACUCUGGUUAAAUCGGAGAGUGCAGGAAGAGUCUAUAUCGGUUUCGGAGAUCUUUUCCCCCUCAUCAGUAGUUCCAUAUCCUCUUCUCUCCGAUUUCCCCAGGUAUCAUAUUUUGGGCCUUUCCGAAUUGCAAAGAAAGAAAUGUCACGGAUGAACUAGAGCCAUCUACCGAAAAACAAAGUAAGUUAUCAAUCGAAGUAGCACAGAAAACGACAAUAAAUAUCGUUCCCAUACCACCAGAUUGACAACAGGUGUAAUACUUUCUUUGGUUACACCUCCUGAGAUUUUCAAAAUUUAUAAAUCAUACAGGAUGCCGAGGAAAUUAAGAUGAGAGAAUUUUAAAUAAUUCACAACUCAUCUGUUCAGCGUGGUAAAAGUUCCAAGAAGAAAGAUUCCUUAAUACUCUUACAAAAGAGUAAAUGAAGAGUUUGCUGUGUACUUCGAUUGAUAACUUACUUUGUAAAUCAAAACUGUUUGGCUACAGGGUUGCGAUAAAAAAUCGAUUUAAAACUAUUUUAACCCGCCAUUACACGCGCUAUGAGGGAAUCCCUCACCAUAUUUGUUUAUAAGCAAUGAAAUUGUGUAAACUAAUACGAUAACCUUAAGCACCCAGGAAUGCCUUUAGCAUGGUUCAUGAGAGGGUAUGAAAAAGUUAUAGAAUAUUUCAGUCGGUCAGUGUGCUGUGUGAUAGUUGAAAGAAGAGACAUCCCUCUUCAAGUGAGGGAAUUCCACACUGCGCGUGCAAUCACGGUGAAAUCACGUUUCUGUUAUCUCAAAGAAACUUUUAGGUUUUUAUUUAAUAUUUAGGUAGGUUUAAUUAAAAUAUUAUUGUUUGGAUUAGGUUAGGAACAGUGGCACACCGAGGGGGGGUUUGGGGGUUAAAAUCCCACCCAGAGCAUAUAGAAAUAUAUAUAAAAGAAGGUAGGAAAAUGUAACUUGUCUUUCACAAAUAAUACAAAAUACUUUCGGUGCCCAAGCAAACCCCCCUCCCCCCAGAGGAAAAUUCUAGGUGCGCCACUGGUUAAGAACCCAUUUUUAAAUUUACCUAUUCUAAUUGGGAAAUAAGUCAAAAUUUAACUUAAAAAAUUAAUUUUAUGGACGUUUCGAAUUCCACCUCGGACGUCGUUAUCAAAAUACAAAAUAUUAAUAGUUAAUUACAUAAAUGCCACAAAGAAAUAGCUUCAGAACAGUUGUAAAUUUUAAUUUGUAUUUUUAGUAAAAUGAAUUCGCGUAAAGAACGUUAAUUUCUUCAGUGGCUUGCUGAAAUUGAAAAUUAAGAAAACUUGCUUUUGAUCUAUAUUAUUUUUACUUUUGUUUUGUUAAAUUAAUAAAAAAAUUGGUUUGCGAGUCUUUCUAUAAUAUGUGAGUACAACCCAUUAUAUAUUUAUACAUGUUGACAUUCAUUCUUUCUCGAAAUAAGUCGAAUUUAUGUAGGUGAGGGCGACGCUCAUACGCGUGCAACCACGUCACAAUAGAAGACGGCGGGUUAAGCAUAAAAUUGGUUGUGUCCUUAAGCACAUUGUACACUCGUUUGUCAUCAUUAUCAUCAUCAUUCGUCAACCUCUUGCAUCCACUGUUGGAUAUAGGUCUUUUCCAUAUUCUUCCAUUGUUCUCUCUCUUGUGCCUUCCGUAUCCAAUUUCGCACUGUUUUUCUCAAGUCUACCUCGGUGCCUCAAGUCUACCAAACUCUUUGGUGGUCUACCUCGGUGUCUUUUAUCUUCUCUAGGUCUCCACUCUAUGAGUCUUCUGGUCCACCUAUUAUUAUUUAAACGUGCCACAUGUCCAGCCCAUCUCCAUUUGGCUUGUGCAAUUUUUUCUAUGACAUCUGUCACUUUGGUCCUCUCUCUCACUAUCCUAUUUGGUACCAUAUCUCUUCUUGUUAUUUCUAAAAUUGGUCUUUCCAUUUUUUUAGGUUAUUCUCAAUUUAUUUGCAGAAUGUUUAGUCAAAGUUAUGAAACCAUAUGUUAUUACCGGCAGCAUGCACACAACACCCGUUUAUAUCCUGUACAUUACAUUUUGUUCUAAUUUCGUCACUUCUUAUUCGGUCUCUCAGAGUUUUUUUUGUAAUUCUUCUCAGUAUUCUUGUUUCUGCUGUUUCCAGCCUUCUCUCUAUUUUAGCUGUAUCGGGUCUUGUUUCUGAUGCAUACCUCAUUAUUGGUCUUAUAUUCAUAAGAUUCUUCAUUUCAUCUCACAGUUAAGAUGUCGGUUACGCCAUAUAGUGUCAAUUCUGCUAAUCUAUUUGCUCUUUGUACUUGGACAUAUCUUGACCAUCAUAUAUAGACAAAUACCAUUCUUGACGAAAAUUGUACAUUAUAUACCCCUUUUUCGGUUAUCUAAUUUAUCUAAGAGAUUUACCCUUAAACUUGUAACAUAACACCUUGAGACGUGAAUCUACGAUCAUAUCACACACAUCUGAAAUUGUCUUGAUUUUUCAAUUUUAUUUGACUAAUUUAAAAAAAGAACCGUUUUUUUGUAAUAAAAAACGCAAAUAUUUUGUUAGCGUGUUGACUGUACUUAUGCAUCACCUUAAGCUAAUUCAGGUAAUAUUUAUUUAUAAAUGAAAUAAUUAAAUGGUUUUAAAUGUUUAUAUUUUUUGUUGCGGUUUUUUUAUAUUUGUAUGUUUAUUUUUAUUAUAAUGACCAGUAAUAACAUUCCCAGUAAUUUUAUUGUGUGCUAUUUUGUUAUGUUUAUAUUGUAUAUUAUUUAUUUCAAGAUGUGUAAAUGUUAAUAAACGAAGUAAUUGUUAAA